AUGCAUCGUCAACCAGGUGUCUUUGACUGCUUAUCCCUCUAUGAGUUGGGCUAUGCUGAAGACGGUGUUUAUGUUAUUCAACUGAAGGAAGGUGUAAAUAUUGACGUGUGGUGUGAUAUGUCCAAUGGUGGAUGGACAGUUAUACAGCGGCGCCAAGAUGGAUCUGUGGACUUCUAUAGAGGUUGGGAUGAAUACGUGGAUGGAUUUGGGAACACAACAGGCGAGUACUGGCUUGGUCUUAAAUACAUUAAUACACUUACAACAAUUGAAAGUGAACUUUAUAUAGAAAUGGAAACGUUUGAAAAAGACGAUGUUUCACCUGCAUCAGCUUAUGCCGAAUAUUCCACAUUUAAGAUCAAUGACGAGACUGACAAAUUCAGGUUGUCAGUGUCAGGAUAUAAUGGUAACUGUGCGGAUUCUUUGGCCUUUCAUAACGGUUGGAGAUUCUCCACGUUCGACAAUGACAAUGACGGAAGAGGUACCAAAAAUUGUGCUGUUGAUUACAACGGUGCUUGGUGGUAUAGAACGUGUCACGCAAGCAAUUUAAAUGGGUUAUAUUUGGGAGGUUCUAAUACAGAAUACGGUAAUGGUGUCGUUUGGGCCACGUGUUGGGGCCAUUAUUAUUCGCUUAAAGAAACCGUUAUGAGAAUACGACGGAAAACGUAA